AUGAAGCGAAAUCAUGCAGGUUUAUCGAAGAACUUACUUCAGAUGAAGUUUAUGCAACGCACCAAAGAAAAUGUCGAAAGAGAAAAGCUCGAGCAAGAGAGCCGCAAGUCUGUGGACCAAGAAAUGCUGGAGCUGUGUCGCAAUGAAGGCGACAAAUUCAUGACGACUAGUAGUUUUCUCUACUGCGAAAAUCUCCGAUUCGGCAGAAUGUCCUUCAAAGGCAUGAAUCCCGAAAUUGAAAAGCUAAUGGAAGCCAAAAUGCCAAAGGAGAAAGUCAACAAUUCACAGGAAGAAGACGUUACGGAAACUGAUGUUUCAAACGCCGAAAUGGCACAGUCGCGCAAAAAGAUGAAGCCCAACAAGUACAUCAAAAGGAAAUGA